CUGCAGAGCCAGCUGGCCAACCUCCAUUGGUUGCCUCGCUACUCGAAAGUGUGCGUGUCCAUCAAAUCCUGUCAUGAGAAGCAUAUAGGACCUGGCCCCGGCGGCCGCCAACCUUUGCAUCACUCCAUCCAUUUUUGCGCCCGGCUACUGAUUGGCCGCUGUGGUUGCGUUGCAGCCCAAGGAAGCCAACGCUGGUGCGCAAGUGGUGUUUGCUGACGCAGGCAAGCUUCGUCGAUGGCCUUGGAAGAGAUCAAGAAGAAAAAGAAGAAGUCCCAUCGCGAUCAUGGUGACACUCGUGCUUCCAAAUCACGCAAGAAGUCCGAUGAUGAUGAUCGUGCAACGACGAAAUCCUCCGCCGCUCUCGCCGCCGAUCGCCCCCCUGACAUCGAGACUCUUCGAAAGGCCAGGCUCGAGAAUCUAGCAAAAACACCUGAGCAGAAGCGGAAAGAGAUGAAAUAUGAAUACGUUAAGAGCACGAAAGCCGUGUCGCAGACUGGCGGGGAUCGAGACCGGAAGUAUAGAAUAGUCAGGGAUCACAGCCCGGACCUUCAGCAUUCGAAAUCCUCACCGAAGCCUACGAAACGCACGGACGAUAUGCAGAAGCGCAUGCGCCGCGAUGAUGGCGAAUCUGACUAUGUCUACGGGAGGCCAGACAACACGCGGAAAAAUACAGCGACGAAGUAUACAACAAAGUCGCAGUCUAAGGCGUCGAUCAGAGGACUCGCGCCUUCAACUGUCAGGCGGCAGAUACCCGAACGUAGGAACACAGAACCUAUAAGACGAAGACCUUCCGAUGAGGGACGCGAUGCAGAACGUGAACGUCGAGAUACUGAGCGUGCCACAUCCAGGCAACAGCGCGAUACGCAAUCUUCGCCUACGAUGGUCCGACGAAGCACUGUUUCCGCAGACAAGCCACAGAGGCCACCGUUGAAGCGCAAUGCAACAACCUCAUCGAGGUCGAAAGUCGACGUCGGUGCCAGCAAAGUGACGCAUCCCAACGACGGGCAAAAGAGCACGGUCGGCAAAUUGAGUGGCAUGUUCCUCCCGAACAGCGAGCCGCAAAAGAAAGUGUCCUGCUUGACGUGUGGAGCGGACGACGUUCCUGUCCUCAAGUCGGCCAAACUACCGUGCUCUCACCGCAUGUGUCAUUCAUGCCUCAAACGAAUAUUUACCAUGUCGGUAAAAGACCCUGCACAUAUGCCACCUCGCUGUUGUACAGACCAGCACAUAGAUCUGAAACACGUGGACAGGUUGUUCGACCAGAAGUUCAAGGUACUAUGGAAUCGCAAAUAUGAUGAAUUCAAGACGAAAAACAGGAUAUACUGCCCCGCCAGGAGGUGUGGCGCGUGGAUCAAACCACAUCAUAUGAAGAUUGAAGACGGCCGCAAAGUUGGCAGGUGCAAGCAAUGCAAGACUCGAGUCUGCGGGAUUUGUUCGCAAAAGAUGCACGUCUCGCGCGACUGUCCCAAAGAUCCCGAGAUGAAAGCCUUGGCCCAGGUCGCCAGGGAGAAAGGUUGGCAGCGAUGUUACAAUUGCUCCGCCAUGGUUGAACUCAAAGAAGGCUGCAACCACAUGACCUGUCGCUGUACGGCCGAGUUCUGCAUGAUCUGUGGAUUGAAGUGGAAAUCGUGCGACUGUCCGUGGUUCAACUACCAGGCCGUCGAUGCCCAUCUCGGAGGAGAUCCUGUACGCUACCAGGAAGAAAUGGACAGACGGAGAGACCAAGUCGAACGAGACGAGGCAUUGGCUCGGCGCAUGCAGCAACUUGGACUAGGGAACGAUGCCGAACGGGACGAGUUUGGCAAUGCCGCAAAUCACCACAUGAAUGGGAACUUCAUACAGCAGGCCAGAGAAGCUCUAACGGCAAACUAUGCGCAGGCUGGACAGGCUGCCAGAGACCUGAUCAACGGUUUGGUCAUGGGUAGAGAGAACAACCGUACGCCAGGGAUGCCGUUGCCAAUGGAACAGAUGCUUGAAAUGCUCGGACAGCGUGGAGGAGCCAGGGACCCUGCAGAGGAGGGUCAGGGUGAACAUAAUGGUCGACGACCUGGACGACGUGGCACUGCCAGGAGAAGGCGCACAGCUCAAGAAGCAGACGGUGGCGAGCAGGACGCGUACAGAGAAGCCGACGAGGAGAGGAGAAUUCGAGACUGGGCAAACAGUGUACCUGCAUGACAUUGCGGUACAUGUGGAGAAAACUUGGACUACAUACUUGGCUGUGAAUGGGACUGGUGAUGGAAUUUCCCUUGUUGAGAUAUUUCACUUUGUUCUUGUGUUUUUUUAUGACCUCGAGAUGGAACGGAACGAAUAUAACGACGACAGAUUUUUUGGAACGAAGCGAAAUGGGUUUCCCCUUUUACGGGCUAAGAGAUCGAUAUACCCCUUCAGGAUAAAGCCGUGGGCGAUUUUGUCCUGAUGAUGAGGGGAAAUUGUAUAUGACUUGAUGAUACUAGAUAGUUUUAUUCGUG